CCCAAACCGGAUAUAACCUCGGAGCCAAUCAGCCAUUUGAAAGGCGGGUCCCUGCACAGACUAUGAUGGAAGGAUUUCCGGUGCGGACGUGCUAUGAAGCUGAAGAUGCUAGUGAUGAAGACCAGGAAGACCUUCCGUAUGAUGGAGACCUUGGCACGACGGACACCGGUCGUGCUGCAAACACUGGGAACUGCUCCCUUUCUGACAAUUCCCCAAGAGUACCCCAUUUUGAGGGUGAAUUCAUUGCCCUGGCUUCUCACACAAAUUCUCUAUUAAAAGACCAGUAUACCGUUGAUGGUUCGGCUUCGAGGAUGGUAAGUGGUAAGAUUAAUGAGAUACGAAGCAGUUACACCAGAGAUACUGACGUCAUUGGCCACGCUGCCAUGGAUCAACAAAAUAGCAAAAGUUGCAUUGAGGCAAUGGAGUACAAAUCUGACCAAGACACAGGUACUGUAGCCAGGACUCACGACAGAGAACCUCCUUCAGAUGUCACAGACCUGCUGCUGAGACAUCUUCCUCAGGAGGAACUGUUUAACUCCAGUAAAUACAUCGAAGCAGAGACCAUGCCUGAGGUCUCCUUCAUUGACAGUGUUGAGGAGACGGUAUUAACCAAACUCCCAUGUUCUCCAAGACACAGUGAAGAUCACAGUAGUGCUAUGGAGAAUAGUCUACGGGUACACCGAGAUGGUCCGCUGAAUCGAGCAUGUAAGCCUCCAGUGCUAGAGAGUGUGGAGCUGGAGGAACUAGAGGAUUCCCAGACAAGUAAGCAGAUCUCAGGAAGUGAUGAAUCAGUAGCCCUGGAAGAGCAAUCAGAACUUUGCUGCAGAUCCAGUAAUUCAGAGCUAACAGAUGAACAUGAAGAAAUCCCAAGGUUAAGUGGCUUCAGAUCAUGCAGCGAACUCAAAUACGGACAAGGCCAAGUCCACUACCCUCUUCCCGACUUCUCCAAGGUGGCACCCAAAGUGAAAAUCCCGAGAAGCGUCAAUCCUGCAAAGUCCGACAGUAAGUUUCCCAGUGACCCUAGAUUCCAGGCCUCCCCAAGCACGCUCAGGAAAUCCAGCGGAACGACCACAGUGGUCAUCAGCGAAGUUCUUGAGGAUUCUGUUCAGCCAUCUGCCGGGCUCCCACAUGAGUUUGAUAACCAGCUGAAACACGGAGGCCAUCAUAAGACAUCAGAGCUUGUGCAGCAUUUACAGGCUGAAUAUGAUAAAUUAUUAACCAGAUAUGCAGAAGCAGAAAAUCUCAUUGAUCAGUUGAGGCUUGGUACUACAGCACCAGCAUCCUCAGACCCUACAUUCCCACCUGAAUACAUGGUCCUGCCUGAGAUGGAGAUUGCUGGAAAGGCCACCAACCACACGGACUCAAAACAAAUCCACCCUCUCCCUACAGGGCAUCCUCAGCACUUGGACGACCUUAAAAAAUUGGACAGCCACAUGACGGCGACAGAUAAACAGCCCAGUGAAGGAGAAAGAAUGACUAAUGAACUAAAAGAAAUAAUUAGCCGAUUCAUGAUAAAGGUGGAAGAAUUUAAAAUGUGCCUCGACAGUUUGCCCACGGGCAUUUCGGAACAGCAGAUGAUCUUUAAGGGUCUGGUACAAGCCCAGGAUCAGUUAGAGAGACAUUAUAUUGCCAAGAAAGAAGAACACAGAGCACUGCAGAUGCAAAAUUACAUGGGAGUGGUAAUAAAUGCUGGCGAAUUCGAUCCUGAGAGGCAGGUGGAAGGAGAGAUUUUCAGGACGGGCAUGUUCCUGGAGGACAUAAAAGAGCUUAUAGACAAUAACAUCUGCAGUCAAUUCUCCCCGCCUACGUUAUCUUCAAGCCCUGCACAGUUGCUACAUGACGGCACCACCUCUUUAAGCCCAGCAGUACUACAAGCGGGCCAAAAUCCCAGACUCUCCACCAGCAGUCCAGUUGUCAUGGACACGGUGGGCGGGGCAGAUGUUGAGACCUGCAGUAGUCCUACUCUACCAGCGUCCGAUUCUGUGCUACAGAGCCAUCAGUACCUGGGGAGUUCAGACGCAUCUCCAGAGCAGCACGAGUCUCCUACCUGUAAGGUGGAAGAGAGGCUUUCUAAAGGCCUUUUCCAGAGUGGGAGCUUGCAUCUGUCGCCAACUACUGUACCACAGGGGAAGCGGAGGAAACCUGAGAGUCAGCAGAAUUCCCUGAAGACUAGGGAUCCAUUGUCUUCGGAUUGUAUGGAGGAUGCACCCACGUUUCUCCACUUAAAGGCUGGGGGCUUCUCACAUAAACCCCGGUCUUCCUUGCAGAGCACAGCAACUCCUGAGACAGAUAGUGGAAUUGGAGGAUUGGGCACAAAUUGUCCAGCUGUGGAGCUUUUUCACUCAUCUCCGUGGACAGAGAACGCGGGAGGCUCUCGGUUCACACAAGCAUUGCAUUCUGAACACAUAUCUGAAGGGCAUGCAGCUCCUUGUGCCAUGACUGAUUCAGACGGCAAGGGCUCCUGGUCCAAUGCACAGAGAGCCAAGGACCCGACUGCGCAGCCCAAACAGCCAGGGCAGACGUCUGCGAGCACCGUGGGCCGGUGGACAUGCAGCAUUGCCAGGGAGAACUCCGCACUGCUGACCGCAGAGUGGACAGCUGACUCCCCCCACGCUCAUGCCCUGGAGGCCCAUGCGGGGAAUCUGCCCAAGGUCUGCAGGCGGUCCAGGGAUAGAACGACAGCCGAGACUCUCUCCCACACCUGCUCCUGUCACCGCGAUUUGAUUCUAGCUCUCCAGACCGAGGUGGGCAGCCUGAAGCGGGAUUUGGAGCAGAGUCUGUUGUGUCUGCCUUACAUUGCUAAAAGGAUGGACUACCUGGCCUCGAGGUUUACGCAGGAUACUGGGCGGAAAAGAAAGCCCAGAGCUCACCACAGAACCACCUCCACCGGACAUGAAGCUCUGAUGAAGACCAGCACAAACCCACUCCUGGAGGAGAAUGGAAGCUCCACAGAUAUGGAUCCAAGGAGAACAGGAUGGAGCUCCACCCUCGCCAAAGAGAGGCAUUAUUCAUUCAGCACCCAUUCUGCAACACAACCUAUCGAUCCACCAUUUGACAAAAACUGGCGAUCAUCCUGUAGUUUACCUGCUAGCUUUGCAGACAUAGAGCAGCUGCCUAAGGCUGGAUGGAGACUCCCUGGUAGCCAAUCAGAUUCUGCCCUUCUGCCUCACCAUCCUUCCUUUCUGAAGUCAGGACGUUCUCCUCAUUCCACCUGCAGAGUCAGGAGUCACCACAAGUACAAAAGGGAGGAAGAAAACAUCAGCCGAACGCUGGACCGGGCUAUCGAGGCUGCGUGGACCAUGAAGCUAACGACGGACCAGAUGGCCCUGAGACUGUCAGCUGACCUGGCCAAAGCAGAUCUGUACAGGAAGCUGCAUGGUUUCAGCCCGUAGCCGGGAUGGUUAAACUCCAAAAGCCAGACGGCACCUUGACACUGCAAACCCUCCACAAAUGCGUCAUAUUUAAUCUUUCGAAAGGCACUGUUAAAUACUCAGGGAAAAUAAACUUGUCUUUAACAGACU